AUGCCAUCCAUCACGCAUCCUCGAUUCCCAUAUGCAUCGCGACCACCCCAUACACCUCAUACUCCCCGAGCACAGACACCCUCGAAUCCAUUAUCCGAACUUAUUCACUCUGAGAAAACAUACUUGGACACGUUGAAAAUCAUUGACUCGCACAUUGCGCCGCUGUGGAUGAAACAAACUGUAUCAGCUGCGCCUGACUUUUCGGAACAACUCAAAAAUGCCAAUGGAGUCUACAGAGCCAACAAGCGCUUCUAUUCGUGCCUACUCAAGGUAGCUGGUCAUCCAAGUGCAUUGAAAGAAUUGGGUGAUGUACUCAUGCAGUGGGUACAAGAUAUGGAACAACCCUAUGCUCGAUAUCUAGAACGCCUCAUCCAUCAUAUCAACACGCGAGAUGAUAUUCUUGAUACUGCAUCCAUUCGACAACGUCUCAAUACAGUCUCGUUGAAUCUCUCUCGCAGGAUCACGCUUGAAGAUUUAUUCAGUGCACCUGUUAACCGGCUUGAUUACUAUAAAGGACUAUACCAUCGAUUGUUGCAGAGCACCAAACCUGGAAGAGCCGACCACGACCUUUUGAUUAUCGCCAAUCAACGAAUUGAUCGCUUGAUACAAAUUGCAGCAAAUCCCCACCAUUCAGAUGAUACAGCUGUCGAUAACGAUCAUGAUGGUGAUGAUGAUGAGUUAUUUGCACUUUAUGACGAUUACGCUACUGAAGAGCCUGAAGAACAAGAGAAAGCUCGUGCUGGUCGCAAAGCUUUCCGAGAUACCAUCAUGGAUUUUUAUGGCAGCAGGAAUCGUGAAAACGACGUAUCACCAACAACCCAUGACAAUGACAACGAAGCUGUAAUGGAUGAGGAUGGUCAAGACCUCGCCAAUAUUACCCCACGCUCUGUCAAGAUGCUAUCUCGGAUACCAGACAUACAUGUUGCGAAUGUUAUGAUACAUCCAUCACCCUUAUCACCUCCUCCACCUCAUGUUGACGAACCAUCGGCACAAUCAGCAUCGCAUGAAGAUCCGAUGCAGCAGUCAUCCACCGAAGAGCAAUCGGCCGAAUCAACACCUGUUCAAAUGACAUACAUUCAACCCGCAGUCCUUAAAGCUACAUUGAUACGACAUGAUGUGGAUGAUAAUGUAACCAACGACGACAACGAUGAUGAUGAUGAUAUACCAUUGAUACCACAGCAACCACCAGCCGUUUCUUCCAACAUCGAUAAUAAUAACAAUCAACGUUCAUCAUCCAAGGCACCAUCUAUAGAACGACAUAAUAAUCAGGGAGGACAACAACAGCAUGCUGUCAUGCAAACCAUGGAAUCCUUACGCAGCGCUCUUACAGCAUCCCUUGAUUCUUUUACCGAUUCUACUCAUUCCUUACAAUCAAGCUACUCGGCUCCACGAUCAUCAUCAUCGACAGCUGCAACAGAAACGGUCCCUAAUACAUAUAUCGAGGAGAAACCAUCCCCCUCCUCUAACACACCUCGUUCUUUACCUCUUGCAGAAUCACCAUCUUCCAAUGAAUAUCAACAACGCACAUCCUAUUCGAAGUCUAACAUGCAAAGCACCACUGCCCCUGUCGAUCAUCAACAACGUCAAGGAUCAAUGCAGCUGAUGAUGAAUUCUUCCUCCGAUUCUAUUGCUAUGCAAUCCUCAAUUUCCAAUUUUGGCGGUGGACAACGAGAUCCGCAAGAACGGCAAUCUCAUGGUAACCAAUUGCAAACUUUGGAAUCACCACCAGAGAGUCCUGGUAUCUAUGCCAAUGCUACUCGGCAGGUCCUCUAUACGCAUGGUUGUUGUCACGUAUUCCAUUGGAAAGAUCAAACAUGGUAUGCAGCUGAAAGUCCAUGUUCUGUGCUGGUGCGCAUGACCAAUUCGAAUCGUUAUUGCAUCUCUCUUCAACUUCUUUCUACCGGUGAACUUUACUUGAAUGCAUGGGUGGUUCCUAAUAUGGGUGUACAAUUGAUGGCACAAUCGGAUGUCAGCUUAUCAGUCUAUGUUGGGAUGCAGCUCGAGAAUUACUUGGUCCAUUUCGAUCGACGUCCUGAUGCUGUAGAGCUUGAGAAUGUCAUGCAGUAUGCUCAACGAGAGACCACUCGCAUGAUGGAUCCUGUUUAUGAACAACAACAGCAAGCUGCACAUGGCUUCACAGCAACAUCCUUGGCUGAUCCUGAAGAAGGACAACGUGAAGCAAUUGAAGAAGGCCCACAAACCUUGACACCUUUGAUGCAAUGCAAAUGCAAGCUCUUUGCCCAGCAAGAAGUCUCCUCUUGGAACAGCAUAGGCAAUGUUGAAUUACGUCUCUGUCAACAACAACCAAGUCAAAAGAUGCAUAUUGAAAUGGAGAACAACAAGGGCAAACUUGCUAGUGCGGUUGUAUUGAGUCGCAAUGUAGAAAAGAAAGCACCCAAACGUAUCACCUUUCAGCUCAUCACUGAUAACUCCAGCAUGGUUUACAUGAUCAACUUUAAAGACGAACGUACCACCAAUAAGGUUUUCGACUUUAUCAAGACACAGAAUGCCCAAAAUGGGUGGUAA